ACAGAGAAAGGUUUGGUUCAGAAAAUAACCUGCACAGAAAGAGGAAGUCCUCGCCUAUAUAGAGAGCUGUAUUUCAUUCUCAGACAGUCAGCAGCAAAACAACAUGGGGGUCACCGCUCUGUGCUUCAGACUGUUGAUGCUUGAAUUCACUCUGCUGAACAGCUAUACUCUGAAAAGUGAUGCAGCUUUUCUUCGUGUCACUCCAGACAGACAGCAAUACUUCGAACACGACUCUGUUACUUUUGACUGUGAGGGAUCUGAUGGCUCGACUCAUUUGAGAGUGAUCAGGAAUAACCAGGAAUCUGAUGUAGAAUGUGAUACUAAGACGCCAACAGGGUCCUGCACCAUUAAGAGAGUUUUUCCAGCAGAUGGCGGAGAGUUCUGGUGUGAGACUGAAGGAGGAGAGAGGAGCAACAGUGUCAACAUCUCCGUCACCGCUGGAGAUGUGAUCCUGGAGAUUCCUGCUCUUCCUGUGACGGAGGGAGACGAUGUGACUCUGAGCUGCAGAAGUAAGACGACUCCGUCCUCCAACCUCCCGGCUGGUUUCUACAAAGGUGGCAAACUCGUGCAGAGCAGUUCAGCCAGGGAGAUGACCAUCCACAAUGUUUCCAAGUCUGAUGAAGGCGUCUACAACUGCCGCAUCUCUGGAGUUGGAGAUUCACCAGGAAGCUGGCUGGCUGUCAGAGGUCAGACAGAACAGUGUUACAAAACAACAUAUAGACGAGUUGUAGAUGACCAGUACCAGGACGGGUGCAGAUUAUGUAACAUGAUGGCACCUCUAGUUGACUGAAGCUUGAUAUUAAUUCAGUAUGGCAGUUUUGUUAAAGGAAUGUACCUGCCAGUGUCGUAAACAUUGUGAUCAUCAGCUGCUUAAAUAAUUACUAAAGGCUAUUUUCCUUAAUUACAGAGGUUUAUGCAUUG